UUUCAUCGUGAUACAUUGCGUGUGGCUUUCCACUUGGACUAAUCAUUUUUGCUAGUGCACUGACCAAUACUCGGUAAAGUGCUCGCAGAUAAGCCCUCGACCGGUAGACAAGUCAUCGAGAACACGCGCAAGUAGUUGGCUGUUAACUUGCAGGUGAUAAGCAAGUCAUACUCUUACCCAGAAUACAGUGUCUUGUCAAUGAUAAACAAUUCAGUACUCGGAAUAACAACUGCCUUGGGGAAUAAAUACGUUACUGAGAAUAAUUAAAUCCGUGGAAUUCAUAAUUCAUCGGUGGUAAUAUUCCUGCAAUAAUAUUCGUAACGACUUUGUUAGUAAUUAAUGUGAAUUUAUCUUUGUGCCGACGAUUUCUAAGGAGAUCUACGAUGAGUGUUCGAGGAUUGACCGGGGAAUUGAGUAAAGUAGCAAAAAAGGAACUCAAGGAAGACGAGAAACGGAUUGUUGAGCAUGUGAAAUAUAUCACGGAGUGGCUGAAGAAACAGCCGCACAUAAAUGCUCGGGUGGAUUCGCAAUGGCUUGUGGCUUUUCUUCGAGGGUGUAAAUACAGCCUGGAGAGGACCAAGGAGAAACUUGAUUCAUUUUAUACAGUAAGAACGCACCUUCCGGAGCUAUUUCUGAAGAGAGAUCCCAAGGAACUGAUUAUUCGAGAGGUUCUUGACUUGGGAAUUUACUUGCCACUGCCUGAUCCAGUGACCCCGGAUGGUCCCAGAGUGAUUCUAAUGCGACCCUGUCAAUUCGACGGGAAGAAAUACACUUAUGCUGAUAUCCUCAAAGUUUGCUUCAUGAUCAUGGAUUUUCUACUCCUCAAGGACGAUCGGCUCAAUGUUGCAGGUCAGAUUAGCGUUCUCGAUCUAACUGGGAGCAGACUUGAGCACGCGAGCCAGUUAACACCGUCCCUGAUGAAGAAAACUGUUAUGGCCUUUCAGGAAGGAUAUCCCAUAAAAACCAAGACUUUGCACUUUGUCAGUCCACCACCAACGUUCGAUGUUCUCUUCUCUGUCUUCAAGACGUUCAUGAACAAGAAGUUGAAAGAUAGGAUAAUGGUGCACAAGGAUCCAGAGGAUGUCUUUGAAUAUAUUCCAAGGCACGUCCUGCCAUCAGACUACGGUGGCAAGGCGCCUUCUGUAGCCGAUCUAACUCUGCAAUGGAAGAAUGCUGUGCUGGACCAUCGAGACUGGUACCUGGAUGAUGGUAAAUAUCAAGUUGAUGAAUCAACACGUCCAGGAAAAGCGAUAACAACCCUCGACCUCUUCGGCAUGGAUGGUAGCUUCAAGAAGCUGGAAUUCGAUUAAACUCACGAUGAAAAUUUGCCUCUAUCAUUCACACGCUCAAAGUACAUGGUACUUCCACAAACAUGUGUUCACCACUCGUAGUCAAAACUCGUAGCUGAUCUCGUCAACAUUGCGUAAAGGACGAAUUACAUCCACUACUUUAGCACGCCCACCACGCAGUACAGCGUUACCUUUUCUUCUACUGGAAACUUCAACCCCUGAAGAACGAAAGCUUGUGGGGAAGCUGGUGGAAGCGGGUGUGUCGUGCGUCGUCGGCAAGAUAUUAUUAAGGACGUGCUUGGAAUCACCUAUCAUAUAAUAACAUUAUCGUGUCGUUCCGUACGACACGAUCCCGAGGACGACGAGUGGACGGGCAUUAAAAUGAGGAGGAAUCUUGGUGAAAACGACUACGUGGGUAAAUUGUCUCCUCCUUCAUAUUAUCAAUAUCAUUCGGGAAAAGAUCCACCGUGGGAAGAUUCUCACAUUGAUAAUUCAAUCCCAAUAUUUUUAACAUCAUCCCCAUCUCUCAAUUUAUAUCAAACAAUAAAUCGACUUGGUAUCACCACUGGUGGUUGGACAGGAAGAGACCCUUGAAGAUAGUAGCCCUAGUUGCAGAAUUUCGCAACAGGUGUCAGUUUUCGUAUCUCUGUUGUAUUUUUAUCAAUUAUUCAAUUCCUCAUUCAUACCUUGCCCGAAUAACAAUAUUUUCCAUUAUUAUUUCGUUUUAUUCUCCCACUAAAUUUCCUCAAUAACUAUUCGAAUUAUCUCAUAAGAUAUUCCUUUAGAAUGUAAUUACUAUUUUUACGGGAGCUUACUUUGUGCCAAAUGGAAUACGUGUUGAAUAAUAAUGAAACAAUAAGAAAUAAAAAUGAGUGAAGAUAA